AUGUCUGAUUGCUACACUACUUCUGAUGAAUUUGAUCUUUGCGAUGCUACUUCUGAGGAGGAAUCCGAUUCGCUUAAUGAUGUAAAAGGUGAGGCAAUUGCUACCGUCAUGUCAUCACAACAAAAAGAAUUAUCAGAUAUUAUCGCGAGAAUUUGUGGAAAAUGUGGACAGAAAUUUAGCCCUACAACAACUACUGGUGUUUUAAGUAACCAUCUUAUUCAAAAACCGUAUGGUAAAGGUGAUGCUCGACGUAAAAAAGAGUACGACAUAAACGAUAUUGAUGUAAAUUCGUGGUAUUCUUCUGUUUCAGAAAGUUAUUUUAAUACAAAUGAAACUUCUGAGAACAAUUUUGCCUCAACAUCCGCUGAAACUUCUUCAAAUACUACAUCAUAUUCUGAUUAUGGAGAUGAUGAUUUUUUUGCUGAAGUUUUUAACUUAGGAGGAUCAAAUAAUGAUAUAAUAGAAUUUGAAGAAGACGAA